AUGACGACGAGGGCCUUGACGGCCGGCAGAGCCCUGCGCCGCGACGACAGCGAUGCCCGCAUUCGAGAACUCGGCCGCGAAAUCGCCCACGACUAUGCCACAAUCCGUGAGAGCUACGCCACCCCAAAGCACCCCAUCGUCCUCGCCCACGGCCUCCUCGGCUUCUCCGAGCUCUCCAUCUCCUCCGCUUUCCCUCCCCUCCAGUACUGGCACGGCAUAAAGCAAGCCCUCGCUGCCCAAGGCUGUUCCAACGUCACCACCGCCUCCGUCCCGCCCUCGGGCUCCAUCGAGGAGCGCGCCGCCAAGCUCGCCGCCGACAUCGCCGCCGCCUUCCCCCCCUCGUCGCCCGCGCCUCGCACGGGAGAGGGCACAGUCCCCGUCAACAUCAUCGCCCACAGCAUGGGCGGCCUGGACGCGCGGUACCUGAUUUCGCAUUUGCAGCCGCAGGGCCGCCAGGUCACGGUGGCGUCGCUGACCACCAUCGCGACGCCGCACCGGGGAAGCAUGUUUGCGGAUUACCUGUUCGACAAGGGCGCCGGGCCCAUCUACCUGCCCAAGCUCUACCGGCUGCUGGAGAAGGCCGGGCUUGGAACAAAGGCUUUUGCGCAGCUCACGACGCGGUACAUGGCUCAAGAGUUCAACCCACAAACGCCAGACGACCCUUUGGUCCGAUACUAUUCGUACGGCGCCGUCAUCGACAAGCCGCCACUUCUGAGUCCCUUCAGGCUGUCCUACAAGGUGAUUGAUGAGGCCGAGGGUCCCAACGAUGGGCUGGUCAGUGUCGACAGCAGCCGCUGGGGCAUAUACGAGGGCACCUUGGUGGGCGUCAGCCACCUCGACCUCAUCAAUUGGACAAACAAGGUGCGCUGGACGGUGCGUGAGUGGAUGGGCUACAAGAAAACUUUCAACGCCAUUGCCUUUUACCUCGCAAUCACCGACAUGCUGGCAAGAGAAGGCCUGUAA